ACCAGUGCAGGGUUUCUGGCCCUAAACAUCUCAGCCUCUGCAAUGGCACCCACGACCACAAAUCCAAUGGAAAAAACCAUCCCUGGAAGUAUUGACAUCGAGACCCUGAUCCAACAUUUGAUCAUCAUCAUCAUGGGACUGGUUGGGCUGACAGGAAAUGCCAUUGUGUUCUGGCUCCUGGGCUUCCACUUGCACAGGAAUGCCUUCUUAGUCUACAUCCUAAACUUGGCCCUGGCUGACUUCUUCUAUCUGCUCUGUCACAUCAUAAAUUCCAUUAUGUUUCUUUUCAAGGUUCCCUCACCCAACAGUAUCUUGGACUAUUGCUUUUACACAAUCAUGAUGGUUUUCUACAUUACAGGCCUGAGCAUGCUCAGUGCCAUCAGCACUGAGCGCUGCCUGUCUGUCCUGUGCCCCAUCUGGUAUUGCUGCCAUCGCCCAAAACACACAUCAACUGUCAUGUGUGCUGUGAUCUGGGUAAUGUCCCUGUUGAUCUGCAUUCUGAGUGGAUAUUUCUGUUAUCGCUUUGGUCCCAAAUAUGUAAAUAACUCUGUGUGUCAGGUAUUGAUAUUCUUCAUCAGAACAUACCCGAUAUUUUUGUUUGUACUCCUCUGUCUGUCCACCCUGGCUCUGCUGGCCAGGUUGCUCUGUUGUGCUGGGAAGAGGAAAUUUACCAGAUUAUUCGUGACCAUCAUGCUGACCGUUUUGGUUUGUCUUCUCUGUGGGUUACACCUAGGCUUCUUAUGGUUUCUGUUACCCUGGACUGAGGAUCGUUUCAUUAUACUAGAUUAUAGACUUUUUUUUUUUUUUGCAUCAGUUGUCCUAACUGUUGUUAACAGCUGUGCCAACCCCAUCAUUUACUUCUUAGUGGACUCCUUUAGGCACCAGUUGAAGCAACAGAACCUCAAAAUGUUUCUCCAGAGAGCACUACAGGACACUCCUGAGAAACCUGAAAACAUGGUGGAGAUGUCAAGAAGCAAAGCAGAGCUGUGA